AUGCGAAUCCAACUCAGGGACCAAACAGGCCGUCUCCUAUCAGGAUCUGAAGAGGCUGAGCAUAUCGCCCAGUUCCUUAGGAAGGUUUUUCACAGUGAGCAUAAGCUAGCACCUCCCCUCUCUGUGCCAAUCACGGGUAUGCACUUCACACAGGAGGAGCUGUGUGCUGCCCUGGAUCGCAUGGCCAGCGGAAAGGCACUUCCGGCAACUUUUGCACCGGCACGUCUAUGGAAGUUGCUUCCAGACCUUGUCGUCCCAUCACUCUUGCCCUGUAUGAACCUGGAGUCUUCGGCACUGCAGGAGAACUGGCACAAAGUUCAACUCUUUCUGAUCCCUAAGGUUGCAGUAGUCCGUGAGCCCAAAAACCUUCGCCCCAUAGCUUUGCUGCAUCCUGCAAGCAAACUCCUGGCAGCCAUGAUCGCAACCAGAGUGCAACCCAAAAUUGCUGCCUACCUGACUCAUGUGCCUCAAUGGGCCUAUCUGCCGGGAAGAUCUACGGCAGAUGCUCUAGAAUCGGUAUGUUCCCACCUGCAUCAAGUCCGGAGCAUGCUGCAGGCGAAUGCUUGCAAUUUGCCCCAGCGCUUCCACGGCGCUGUGCCUCACAAGAUGAUGGGAGGCAUCUCCAUCAGUUUGGAUGUUAAGAAAGCUUUUGACAGUCUGUCUCAUGACUUCUUAGAGGCCGCUAUGCGAGAGGCAGAUUUCGACGAGUGUGAAAUAGCUCUCAUUCUCCACUUGCAUACCCACGCUCAACUUCAGGUGGGCACUGGUGCGGAAACAGCCUCUGUCCUCUUAGGCACGGGGGUGAGACAGGGGUGCUCGCUUUCGCCCAUCUUAUGGGCCCUGGCCACUGGCAGAGUCUAUCGACUGUAUACUGCAGCCCUCAAGGAACAGAGGCUCCCGGAAGGACUCACCAACAUAUUUGCGGACGACUUCUUCAGUAGCUGGACCUACAAAAGCCCGGAAAACUUUCGCCAAGCGCUACGUGCCAUAGGAAUUUUGGUGAGCACACUUCAGCAAGUUGGUUUGGAGCUUAGUCUUGACAAGACUGUGCUGCUAAUGGCAUCGUCGGGUACGAGUGCCCCCUCCGUCAUCGGAGGUUACAAGAAACUGGUAGAAGGGGUGCCAUAUCUCCGAGUUCCAGUCGGUAGUGCUCGAGUCCUCCUCAAGAUUGUCAACUCCCACAAAUACCUUGGCGCUCACCUCUCUUAUCAAGGUUUCGAGGCCCAGAAUCUGAAGCAUCGCAUGGCCACAGCCUGGGGAAGUUUCUGGAGACUACACUCCAUCCUGAUUAGCCGCUCACUCCCCCUGAAAACCAAACUUCGCCUAUGGCAAGCCUGCGUCUUUAGUGUUCUGCGCUACUCCCUCCAUCAUGUAGGAGUCCCGAGUAAUGGCCCCCUACUCAUUCGUCAGGCUGUUCACAGGCAACUGAGAAUGAUUGCGCGCUCUCCUGCUCACUUAUGGCAUGUCACUUCCAGUGACAUCCUGGCCAGGCUCAAAGUGGAGGAUCCGUGGAUCACCCUCUGCAAUCAGGCCCCAGCACACCAUGCGACUUUGCAGCCUCAUGCACAAGCAACCAGCUUUAAUGAUUGGCAGAGCAAGCUUCGAAACAUGUUCUCUGGUGUUCUCCUCUCGACAGAUCCGGACAUGAUCCCCGCCGCAUUCAUGGAGCUCAAGGGUGUCAGCCAGGACGAACUUCAGGAGGCGGCGGCGGCCCUCACGAUGCUUCAGACCAUGGUUCUUCAAGGUCGCAACCUCUUCGAAGCACCACAGUCCCAGCCAGCGGGACCAGCUCAGAACCCGGCCAGUUCCCUCCACCCUCCGGCUCUGGAGGUUCAGGUUCAGACCCCACUGCGACAGACCUUCUCCCUCACCGGAGAACAGGAGGCGGAGCAGCCAGCCAAGUUCACGAGGACGAACGAGAAAGGCCAGGGGGGAAAGGGUCCCCGACAGGGACCUCAGACCCGCCGACAAUUCCCUUCCAGAACUCCACCGGCCGGCCCACAGCCCUCAUCGGCUCCCAGCGGAGGUUCACCCUCCAAGAUUACGGUUUCCGCCUCGCUGAUCACCCAGGUCGUGCAGCUCCUGCUACGACAUGCGGAUGCUCUCAACAGCAUCGAACAAUCCACAACAUGGAUUCUGUUUCAGGGCACGGCGCCCCCGCUAACGGUGGUGGAUGCACAGGCCACCAUAGCGGAAGAAUGGAAUCGGCUGAAAACCAGCAACCCCUCAGCCAUCACCGAGCCUCUCAGGGUGGUGCUAUGGCAAACGUGGGCAUCCGAGUUCAUCAAGCGCCUGCAGACUCUGGAUACCGACCCGAACCAAAGGAACGAGGCCAUUCGGCUUCAGAUCCUCACGGAGCCGGACUGCUUCAAGUAUGUGCGAUGGGACCCAAGCCAGAAGCGCCUCAUCCCCCAGGACACCCUUGCUCCACUGACGGCGAAGGAAAUCUUGGACAUGCUUCGAGAAACGAUCGUGUUGUGCAAAGAGGAUGGCGUUCUCAUCAACUAUCAUCCGAUGAGGCGGUUGACACAGAAGAUGGCAGGAGCAGCCAUCACCUUCUCCAUGCACUUGGGGCUCAGAGAGGCCAGAGCCUAUCGCUUUUGGACAAUAAUGGAAGCCCUGGCAGGAAACGCCUCGCUUCAAUUAGUGGCGACAACCAUCCGCAGAGAUCGGCGAGGACGAUCUCCCUUAGCCCAGGCCUUGGAAGCCGAACUUCGACGGCUGCAGAAACCUUGCGGCAAAUCAGACAGUUGA